AUGCUGGAGGCUCAAGUUCAACAGGCAAACUUGUGGAAGCGGCUGAUUGAAUGCAUCAGUGGGCUUGUGAAUGAGGCGAACUUUGACUGCAAUCCUGGUGGCCUCUCCAUUCAAGCCAUGGACACCAGUCACGUCGCCCUUGUCCAUCUCCUCCUCCGUGACGACUGCUUCACCAAGUACCAGUGUGAGCGGAACAGUAUUCUUGGCCUCAAUCUCGCCUCUCUUUCAAAGGUGCUGAAGAUUGUUGAGGGCUCCGACAGUUUGACGCUGCACCACGAGGAUGAUUCUGAUGUCGUUGUGUUGACCUCGGAAAAUGUUGAGAAGUCCCGCAAGUGUGAGUACCAGCUGAAACUGCUGGAGAUUGAGGGGGAGGCUAUGGGAAUUCCGGAGAUGGAGUACGGCUCAACGGUGACUCUCAGUUCCCAGGAGUUUGCCAAAAUUGUUCGAGACAUGAGCGUCUUUGGCGAGACAGUCACAAUUGAGAUUCGAAAGGAGGGUGUGAAAUUCAGCUCCUCCGGCGAUGUGGGCGAGGGCUACGCCUUCCUGCGCGCCGCUGGAGGAACGGGGCGCACGGUGAGGACCGCGCCGGAGGUGAAGAAGGAAGAGGACGACGAUACACCCAUCGGCCGCGCCAACGCAUCAGGCACGAAGAAUAGCCACACGGCCAUUGGGGUUGAGGUGCGGACGGACGAGCCUGUUACUCUCUCCUUUGCGCUGCGUUUUAUGAACGUCUUUGCGAAGGGAUCUACGCUGAGCGACCGUGUGUCGCUGAAGUUUGCUCCGGACAGCCCGUGCAUGGUGGAGUUCAAUAUCGAUCAAGUGGGCUACCUGCGCUACUUCCUUGCCCCAAAGAUGGAUGACGUGAUGUGA